GCAAUCAACAGGUUGGUGCCGCAUUUGUUGACGCCUCCACUGGUUUGGACUAACCAAGAAUUGAAAAAAUGGGGAUUUUCAAUGCAAAACUUUGAAUCGAAUCCAUUUGACUGAUUUUAAAGUGGAGAACGGCUAGACAUUGUGAAAAUAAAAGAGAUUUAAUUUUGAGAAAAUAUAUAGUAGUUGCACAAUCUCAGAUGAGUAGAUGUGUUACCGCGAGUAUACUAUGAAUGUGCCUGAUAUUGUUUGUAGUCUAGGUUCUGUUUGGGAAGGCUGGAUUGACAUAUCUGCAGUGAAGUCAAUGGAUGAGCAAAAGAGAGAAAUGAAGUUGAUGGACCGUGAAGCUACAGUUUCCUCCUAUGUAGGUGGUUCAUAAAGACUCAAAUAUGGUUGGUAGAGAAGGCAUCCCUCUACAGGAAGGAUCAGAAAAGGAGCAGGCUCAUUAUAUCAUUCCAACUAUCCUUGAUGAUUUGAAUGGUUCUGAAUCAAUCCUAGAUCCUAUCACAAAAGUUUGCACUCAAGGUGAUUCAUCAAAUACCAGGCCCCUUCCCAGCACCAUGACUCUGAUUCUAACAUCUUUUGAUCACGAGGGACAAUAUUAAGAAAUAUUCAGGACAGUGCGUGUGGAUAUAAAGGGAAAAGACGUGGAGGGACAGUGUUUGCAAGUGAAGACUAAAUUUGUUGUUCUGUCCUGCAUAUGUUGAAAUAAGAUGAAACCUCAACC